AUGGAUACUAAGACUGCAAGUUAUUUCAAAACAACAAACCAAGCACAUCGAUUACCACCAAUCAAUAAAGUGUUUAUAGAAAAAAUAGUUAUCAAAAGAAAGCUUGUUUUCUCUUUCAAGACAGCUAAAACAGCUAUCAGAAAUGCCACUUUCUACCCACUGUCAUUAAAUACGAUUUUUCAUUUACAAUCGAAUCCGAUACAAACAAGCUCAGGAAACUAUACGGCUGAUUCCCAGAUUGGAAGUGAACUUAGAGAUUACACACUUCUAUUUGAACUCUGGACACGAAAUAAAACUCCGUCUGAUACUGUAAUGUGA